AUGCCCUGCGUGCAAGCCCAGUAUAGCCCUUCGCCUCCAGGUUCCAGUUAUGCAGCGCAGCCCUACAGCGCAGACUACGCGGCGGAGAUCAUGAACCCCGACUACACCAAGCUCACCAUGGACCUCGGCGGCGGCAGCACCGACAUCACGGCCAGGGCCACCACGUCCCUGCCCAGCUUUAGCACCUUCAUGGAGGGCUACCACGAAGCCAAGCCCUCCUGCCAGUACCAGAUGCAACCCCCGGGGCCGCGACCCUUGAUCAAGAUGGAAGAGGGCCUCCCGCACAGCUAUCACCACCCCCAUCUCUCCCACCACCACCACCACCACCACCAUCACCACCACCACCACCAUCCCCAGCAGCAGCAGCAGCCGCAGCCGCAGCCAGAGCCAUCCAUCCCGCCCUCCUCCUCCGGGCCGGAGGACGAGGUGCUGCCCAGCACGUCCAUGUUCUUCAAGCAGUCCCCGCCGCCCACCCCCACCACGCCGGGCUUCCCCCCGCAGGCCGGGGCGCUGUGGGGGGAGGACGCGCUGCCCGCGGCGCAGGGCUGCCUGGCGCCCGGCCCGCUGCUCGACCCGCCGCCCAUGAAGGCGCUGCCCGGCGGCGCGCGCUUCCCGCUCUUCCACUUCAAGCCCUCGCCGCCGCACCCCGCGCCCAGCCCGGCCGCCGGCCACCACCUCCCCUACGACCCGACGGCCGCCGCCGCGCUCAGCCUGCCGCUGGGGGCCGCCGCCGCCGCCGCCGCCGCGGGCAGCCCGGCCGCCGCGCUCGAGGGCCACCCGUACGGGCUGCCGCUGCCCAAAAGGACAGCCGCGCUGGCCUUCCCGCCGCUCAGCCUCGCGGCCUCCCCCGCCGCCGCCGCCGCCGCGGCCGGCCUGCUCGGGGAGAGCCCCGGCCUGCCGUCGCCCCCCAUCCGCAGCUCGUCCUCCGGCGAGGGCACGUGCGCCGUGUGCGGGGACAACGCCGCCUGCCAGCACUACGGCGUGCGCACCUGCGAGGGCUGCAAGGGCUUCUUCAAGAGAACGGUGCAGAAAAAUGCAAAAUAUGUUUGCCUGGCAAAUAAAAACUGCCCUGUAGACAAGAGACGUCGAAACCGGUGUCAGUACUGUCGUUUUCAGAAGUGUCUCAGUGUCGGAAUGGUUAAAGAAGUUGUCCGUACAGAUAGUCUGAAGGGGAGGAGAGGUCGGCUGCCUUCAAAACCAAAGAGCCCGUUACAGCAGGAACCUUCUCAGCCCUCUCCACCUUCUCCUCCGAGCUGUAUGAUGAAUGCCCUCGUCCGAGCUUUAACAGACUCAACGCCCAGAGAACUUGAUUAUUCCAGAUACUGUUCCUCUGACCAGGCCACUGCAGGUACAGAUGCUGAGCAUGUACAACAGUUCUACAACCUCCUGACAGCCUCCAUUGACGUAUCCAGAAGCUGGGCAGAAAAGAUCCCUGGAUUCACUGAUCUCCCCAAAGAAGAUCAGACAUUACUUAUAGAAUCAGCCUUUUUGGAGCUGUUCGUUCUCAGACUUUCCAUCAGGUCAAACACUGCUGAAGAUAAGUUUGUGUUCUGCAAUGGACUUGUCCUGCACCGACUUCAGUGCCUUCGUGGAUUUGGGGAGUGGCUCGACUCCAUUAAAGACUUUUCCUUAAGUUUGCAGAGCCUGAACCUUGAUAUCCAAGCCUUAGCAUGCCUGUCAGCGCUGAGCAUGAUCACAGAACGACAUGGGUUAAAAGAACCAAAGAGAGUGGAGGAGCUAUGCAACAAGAUCACAAGCAGCUUGAAGGACCACCAGAGUAAGGGGCAGGCCUUGGAGCCCCCGGAGCCCAAGGUCCUGGGAGCCCUGGUAGAACUGCGCAAGAUCUGCACCCUGGGCCUCCAGCGCAUCUUCUACCUGAAGCUGGAAGACUUGGUGUCCCCACCUUCCAUCAUCGACAAGCUCUUCCUGGACACCCUGCCUUUCUGA